ACAAAAACACAAAAUAACAACAAAAAACAGUGCAGAAAGCCAUUAAAUUGUUGUUGUAAGAAAAAUUAUAAACAAAUAUUUAAAAUCCUAUAAAAAUUAUAAUGAAUAUUAAUGAAAAAGUUGAACAAUUGGCAAAAAUAACAGCAGCUUUAAAGAAUGAAGUCAAUGAGCUAAAAGGCAACGAUGUAAACAGUCGUCUAGAUGAGUUGGAAUGGGAAAAAGAAGCUUUAAAAGAUGAUAUUAAUGAUUUAAGGCAUUCCCUAAUGCAGCAGAAUGAAAAAAUCCUGUCAUUGAUAAGGGCACAAAAUGGCAAAUUGAUGGAGAGCAUAGAAACGGAUAAACUAGCACCGCACAUAACGUUCACUAGGAAAAUUUCGGAACAGGUUAAAAGAUUUCCCAUUAAAUCGAUUAAGGAACUAGAUGCCUUGGAAAAACUGAUAAAUAAUAAAAAUCUCAAUGAACUGGUGGCUGUUGUCCAGCAGUUGCUAACACCUCAGGGUAUUGUUAAAAAUAUUGAUGCCGUCUUGUCCACCGAGUGUAUAGUAAGCUGUAAUGUUGAUGGUCAUCAUUACAAGAGACGUUUGUUAAAUUAUACCAAAUUUAUGGAUUUACUUUUUCAAGCUGCUUAUUAUGAUGGCUAUAGUCAAAAAGUCUUUUUGGAUGAUGUACGUCGUGGUUUGAAAAUGGUAAAAAAUCGCCAUAACAAAAAUGUAUUCCGCAAUCGUCAAUUGCAACGCCAGGAGCAAGAAGAACAAGAGAAAUGUGAUGAAGUUGAGGAAGCUGAACUAAUAGAAGUAGAGCCGAGUUAUCCUUUAAUCGAAGAAUUUAUAAAAGAGGAAAUUUUGUGUGAUUAAUAAUUUGAUAAUAUUGCAAUUGCUGGAGAAAUAGGUAUAUAGAUUUCUUCAGUUCUCUCCAUAAAACUUUCUUCAGUACUAUCCUGUUGCUCAUCCCUUGCCUGUUCCUCGCGUAAUAAUUGUUUCUGUCUAGCGCGACAAUUGUUUUUAUGGUAACGAUUCUUAACUACUCUCAGGGAACGUCUUAAAUCGUCUAGAAACAUUUUGGAGCUGUAAUUGUCAUCUUUACGACUGGCCA